AUUUAGUAUAGUUUAAGUAAAUGAUACCAUAUAGAACAACGCAAUAAAUGGUACAUUUCUUUAAUUUCGAAGAAAGCAAAUAAGUGUCACUAUUUUGUAGUAGAAAAGAAAACUUUUCAUACUGUACAAGAAAGAAUGUUUCACAUGUCGAAUUAUGUUAACAAUGUGUCCUUGACACUAUCUGAAGUGCUCAAAGAUAUUGGAGUAGAUGAGAAAACUGUCCUGAGGAGAAGAAGAGGAUUACUACUAGGAGAAUCUACUGCAAGAACAGUAUUUCAGUUACAACAAAGAAAUGCUGAUAUGUACUUCUUCGGUAGUCAAUCAGAAGGCACAACGACACCAGGACUUUUUUCCGACAGUGACCGGCUUUUUAGUUUAAAUAACUCCAAUGUAAUUCAGGACUGGAGAGAAUGGGAACCUGCUAAAAAUAAUUACAUGAUGAUUCAGGAUGAGACGGUAGCACCAGGCUAUUGUCGGCUCCAACUUCUGAGACAUGAUGUUCCUCUUCCGUACAACUGCGUCCCUAAUGAGCAUUACUUCAGAGACAGAGAGAGAGUUUUAUUUAAGAAUACUUGUAUUCAUGCCAUUGCCAGACAAGGGCAAGUGAGACAUGGCCCAGCACAUUCACAGGAAGGACAGCCAGGAUGGGUUGAUUUGGAUAGGGUUGCUGGUUUUCCUUGUAUAUCAUGGCCAAAACAAGCCAGACAUUGGUUAGACCGGCAAGGUAUUGGUCAUUGGCCUUCAGAUAACAUGAAGAGAUACUGUGAGUCUAGUGGUUGUUUUGUUGUUGGUGUUGGAAGCAAAGACAGUGAUUAUGAAGAAUUGGAAUGGAGAAUAUCAACAUCUUUAGCAGAAAGAUGUUUAAUGUACAAUAUGAAUAUAACCCAGAUUCGAUGUUACGUUUUAAUGAAGAUGAUAUUGAAAACUUACUUUAAACCACAUUUUGGAGACGCCAUUUCAAGUUUCAUUUGUAAAACAGUUCUUUUUCACUGCAUUGCAAACACAAAUAGCAAUCAAUGGAGAGAAAACAAUUUACUUAUUUGUCUAACAUUUUGCUUGUUCAGGUUAUACAACUGUGUUUUAAAUGAUAAUUGUCCUCAUUUUAUAGUACAUUAAAACAAUUUAAUCCUGAACCGAAUUUCACCAGAUAUUAAACAUCAACUUAUUGAUAUGCUGGGGAAUAUCGUUUUCAGCAAUGGAGCAGCUUUACUUUGUAUUGAUUGUGAUGCUCUUGGUGCUAGACUUCGGGCGAAGUUUAAUGGAACGUAUAGACUUUUACAAAAUGUUGAAUCCUUCAAGAACUCCAUUUACGGAAAUCUUUUAAGGAAUACUGCUUUAUCAUUUCAUAAAAUUUUACAAGACAUAUUCUCAGUCCUGCCAUAUGGUAACAGUGACAUUGAUAAGCAAAGAAUAGAGAAUACCUGUUUCAAACUAGUGAAAAUAUUCAAUGAGAGAGAAGGAUUUGAGAAAAUAGCAUGUGGUCUUCUUUUGUCCCGGCUCUGUACCUCACUAGGCUCUGUUUUGGCAUCCGAUAACAUUUAUCAGCACAACAGUAUAUCCGCUAAAGCUUUUUCCUGGAUCUUAUUAGGUUUAAACUCUGAUAUUUCCUGUGGCAAAUUGAAAUUGGCAUCCAUGCUCUACUGUGUUAGAGAUAUACAAAGAACUGAAAAUAUUCUUGGUAACAUUGACCAACAUUAUGAUUUGGAUGUAGUUGAACCUAUCUGUGAUUGUCAUCGAUUCAUACACCUACCUUCAAAAGCAGCAUUUAAUAUGAUAUGUGUUAAUCAUAAUGAAGAAGCAAUUAGGCAUACAACAGCAUUUUGUUAAGCUUUUUGCCAUGUGAAAUUAACUGUGUUCCACAUGAACUAAGAUAUGAAAUGUUUAGAUCUACAGUAGAAGAUAGAGCUUUCAGAGGAAAAGAUAAUCACUGGAUGGACUGGGCUGCCAUCGAUUCGCUCCCUUACCUCUACUUCUUACAAUACAAGACCUUUGAAACACAUGCAGUCAAGCAAAGAGCUCUUUCUAAACUUGCGAAGACCAUUGACAAUGAGCCCAACCUUGGACACAGGGAAACAGCGCUAAAUCUACUUGGACAAUGUAUGGAACAAGAGAACCGAGUUGUUGAUGCCUUCCGUUGCUAUAAUUUCUCCCUCAGUUUAAGGGAAAGGAACAAUGCGGCCAAGAUCCAUAUUUGUAGGCUGUUAAACAACAUCUUGAAAGAUAAUUAGUUUGAAAAUUUUAUGUCCCCCACCGUCUGCAUGAAUGUGCUGGGGGAUUUUGUCCCAAGAGCUUGUGUUCACCAGUUUAUACUCCAGUAUGAAAUAAAAUCAG